GCCCAACAAAUCAGAAUCUAGUUGGAACUCUUCGCGGAAAGGUUUCGUGUUUUGUUGUUAAAUUCAUUCGUUAAAGCGCCAUUCGGGAUUGUUUUUAUUACGUGCAUGCAUAAGUACAGUGCAUAUAACAAUUAUUAAGAUACUUAACUAAUGAUUCUGCGCAUUGUAUGCAAAAAGUGAAAAUAAGAUACAAAAUAACAUGUUAAUGUUUAUACACCUGUGGCUGAAUUGAAUUAUUACAACAAUUUCUUUGUUGUUUUUGUGCGCGAGAGAGGCCCCAAAACGAAAGUGGAGCAAAAACCAAAUAAUUGCAAAAAUACAAACAGCUGUUGCUCAUUCUGCUAAUUUCUCUGCACAUACAUAGAUAAUACGUAGAUAUCUUUAACGAAAUUGCUGCAGCCGAUUGUGCAAAGUGUGCGUUGAACUAGGCCAAAAAUUGUUAAAUAUCCACUAAAGUAUUAUGGCAGACAUAAAUGAAUUGUUGGGAUCGCCCUUUGUGCGUGUUAAGCUUGUCGCAUUCGUGCACUUCUUCUUCAUUACAAAUGCUAUGUUUGGUACCUGGGGCCAUGGAGCUUAUGAAUUUUACAAUUUCCUCUUUAUUAUCGCCAUGUUCUGGACAAUGCAUUGCAAGGAAUCCAUUGAAGCUGCACAAGUGGCGCUCGUUAUAAACGUCUCCAGUAUAUUAUUCGAUUUAAUAUGCAUAAUAGUCUACUUUAAUUGGAUGAAUGGUUGGGCGAUGGUUUUCUCCAUUAUUAACUUGAUAUUACGGCCCGUAACUGUUGUACUACUAUACCGUGAGUUCAACUCACGCGGUGGCAGCCUACAAACGGGUGCCGUUUUCCCCACCACACAACAGCGCACCUAUCAGGAUAUUGAUCGGCCAACACAACCAACGCCAACGAAUUCCCAACCUGGUCCAAAUGUUGCUAGCAUCUUCUAGAAAUUUGCCGCAAAUCAAAGGAUUGUGCGUUAACAACGGUAUAUAUCCAAUAUAGCUUCGGUUUAAUUCAUUUAAUAAUCUAAUCCCUAUGUGUGUGUGUGUGCUACCAUAAGUGAUAGCAACAAAAAUGGGUUUAUAUCUAGUAUUGUAAAAUCAAAUUACUUCCAUUUAACAAAAAUUCUUACAUUUCCUUACAUGUGAAGCCUCUUUGUACGUAUGUGUGCAAAGUAUAAAGAGACGUUGUUACAUAUGUAUUGCCUUGAAAGGGCUCGAGUCAGUGUGAUUUAUAAUAUUGAGCGCACAUAUAAUCAAGCAUAUGUUGCGCGACAUAUGUUUUUUCUUUGAUAUUUCGGUAUUAGCAUUUCCUUUUUAUGUGUUAAACGAGUUUUUCAACUUGAAUCUUUAAAUUAUUACUGUUAUAAUUACGCCCAAUGAUAAUUUCUGGAAAAACGGUUAUAGACUUUCACGAAAAUUUUGUUAACAACUGAUAUUUACAUACAUAUAUGUAAAAUAAUAACCAUAUACUCAAUAGUACAUCAUUAGUAACGAAAUAUUGCAUACUUUUAGGCGCACAAGUUUAUAAUAUGAGGCUUAGAGAAUUUAGCAGCGCCGCUGCAUUUAAACUUCUUCAAAUGAUUCUUCAAUUUUACAUAUUUUUAUAAUGAUUUUCCAAAAAAAAAAAAUCACGAAAAGUAUGUGCUCUUUUCCUUUCCAUCUGCCAACAAUAUUAGCGUUCAUCAAACAACAAUACACUCUAUUUUUAUUGCUUGCAUAUGGUUUGGCCAGUGCAAACGAGAAAAUUGAAAAACAGAAUGAGUUAUCAUGAUUUCUUUCGGACUCUUAAGAUAAGUCAAAUAUGUACCUAUGCAAAAACAAUCGAUAAGAGAGGUUAAACAAUAUUUUGAAGGUUAAAAAGUAAUAAUUAACGGUUAUGAAAAUAAUAUGUUGAAAACGCAUCCGAAAACUGUAACUAGGAAUUUGUUAAGCAAGCGUUAGUCCAAAGUCAGUUAUGCGCUUAGUAAUUAAAAGAAAAAUAUAUUUUAUAUUUACAUACAUACAGAAAUACUACAAUACAUACAAAUUUGUUAAUGGUAUUGUAUAAGGCACGUUGGAGCAGCUAAAAUUUUUACUUAUGUAUCUUUAAUACUAAUUUGUGCAAUAAAGUACUAUAAUGAUAAUGAGAAACAAAAA